CCCGUCCGUGCAGCUCGGCCCUCUCUCGGUGGAAGACCGCGGUCCGAGUGACAGCUCGUCUCUGCUCUUACAAAACUCAAACUCAAAGUGCCAUGGAGGAAUCGAGUAGUUGACGUUUCCUGUUGCAACCUUCUCUUUUUAAGCUUUCUUCCCGUCUGAUCAUCGUGUUGCCUGACCCGGUGCAUUAACGUGUUUUAACUCCCAGCGACUUUUUCCAACCCGACAUCAUGAAGUACAUCAUCGGUAUCGGCGGAGUAACCAACGGAGGGAAAACCACCCUCACUAACAGACUGAUCAAGAACCUGCCAAACUGCUGCGUUGUCCACCAAGAUGACUUCUUCAAGCCACAAGAUCAGAUUGAAGUUGGCGAAGAUGGCUUUAAGCAGUACGAUGUCAUCACUGCUCUGGACAUGGAUGCCAUGAUGAGUACGAUCUACGCAUGGUUGGACAACCCAGUGAAGUUUGAGAAGUCUCAUGGCGUUAAUAACACCCUGGAUACCGAUAUCAUCCCAAAGUCUGACCAUAAGGACGAGGAAACUCACAUCCUUAUUGUGGAGGGCUUUCUGCUUUACACCUAUCAACCUUUGAUCGACGUGCUGAACCAACGCUACUUCAUUUCCAUCCCUUAUGAAGAAUGCGAAAAGAGGAGGUGCUCAAGGAACUACACAGUGCCUGAUCCACCUGGCCUGUUCAACGGCCAUGUCUGGCCCAUGUAUCUGAAACACAAGAACAUCAUGGAGGCAUCAGAUGUUGAUGUCGCGCAGCUAGAUGGAACCUGGUCAAAGGAACGACUGUUCAACAUUGUCUAUGGUGAAAUCCUGAAUAACAUGCAAUCUGUAACAAAGGUCAUCUGAUCGGCUAAAGGAAGCGUAUACUCAAUCUGCAAGCAGAACACCAUCUUCAUUUAAGUUUCUACCUGGCAGUUCAUUUCCUUGACUGCUAUGCUUUAUCUUUUUGACACCAUAAAGUGCUGGUGAAUUUUAUAUCAUAUUUAUUGCUUUGUUAUAGCCUACACUCCAAAGAGAGUUGAUGGCGUUAUCAGGAUGAAAGUCAGUUGUACAAGUCAAUAAAUGAUCCUCCCGCCAA